CGGUACCGGCUGACAGAACCGCCGCCUCCCGGAGCCAUUGGGACUCCCGGUCAUCCUGUGGGAUAUGCUCUGGAGGAGCAGCGGUGACGGACUCGACGAACAGGCUGCCCAGAGGAUCCCUGCCCCGUCCCGGCGUGCCCCUUGGGCUGAGACGGCCAGGAGCCGUAGACCGGAAGCGUGGCCGCCGCCAUCUCAACUGUGGGCAGACGCCGUGCAGCCACCAUCACAGGAACGGGCAGGUUUUUCGCUACCGGGAGCACGGCGGUGGCGGACCUGCAGCGCCCCGGAGCCUCUGGGCAUCCCGGCUGUGGUGUGGGGGACGAUCGGUCCGCGCUUCUCCCUGGAGCAGCAGCGACGGGGUUGGCGGACGGGCUGUCCCCGCUGGCGGAGCCCCGCCCCGGGGCUGUCCCGCCCCUGUCCCGGCGUGCUCCGCCGGCGGUGAUGGCGGAGGGCAGUGGCGGCGGCGGCGGCGCGAGCGGCCGGGGGCCGCCGUGCCCCGGGGCGGCCUUGGCGUUCCGGCGUUGGGAGCAGAUCCGGCUGCGGGCUGCAACGCCCUGGGCCCGCGGGCUCCUGGCCGCGGCCGCCGGGCUCGGGCUCCUGUACGCGGUGCUGCGGGUGCCGUGACCGGGUUCUUAAGCACUUUGACUCCAAAAUUCUACUUCGCCCUUACAGUAACUUCAUCUUUUAUAUCUGGACUGAUAUUUGUGUUUGAGUGGUGGCACUUCCGAAAAUACGGCACAUCUUUCAUUGAGCAGGUUUCUGUGAGCCACUUGAGGCCCCUCAUUGGGGGUGCAGAGAGCAGCCCCCCAGCCCCAGCAGCUUUCUCGGCGGGGGAGAAUGAGACCAGCAGGCAGAACAUGCCAGAGUGCAAAGUGUGGCGAAAUCCUCUCAAUCUUUUCAGAGGGGCAGAGUAUAGCAGGUACAUGUGGGUGACUGGGAAGGAGCCUCUUACUUACUAUGACAUGAAUUUGUCUGCUCAAGAUCAUCAGACCUUUUUCACAUGUGACACGGAUGCCCUCCGGCCUUCAGACACAGUCAUGCAGAAAGCGUGGCGAGAGAGGAACCCGCAGGCCCGCAUUAAAGCAGCGUAUCAAGCUCUGGAGUUGAACAAUGAUUGUGCUACUGCAUAUGUCCUCCUGGCUGAGGAAGAAGCAACAACUAUUGUGGAUGCUGAGAAAUAUUUCAAGCAGGCUCUGAAAGCAGGAGAAAUGAUUUACAGAAAAUCUCAGAACUGCCAUUCCCAGAGUCCCCAGCAUGAAGCACAGCUGAGAAGAGACACCAAUGUAUUGGUGUAUGUGAAAAGGAGACUAGCUAUGUGUGCCAGGAAACUUGGAAGAAUACGAGAAGCAGUAAAAAUGAUGAGAGAUUUGAUGAAAGAGUUUCCACUUCUCAGUAUGCUGAAUAUCCAUGAAAACCUCCUAGAGGCCCUUCUGGAGUUACAGGCUUAUGCAGAUGUCCAGGCAGUUUUAGCCAAGUAUGAUGAUAUCAGUCUUCCCAAAUCAGCAGCAAUAUGUUACACAGCAGCUCUGCUAAAAGCCAGAGCUGUUUCAGAAAGGUGGGUUUUUCCCUUCAGGUUCUCCCCAGAAACUGCCUCCAGGAGAGGACUUAGCACAGCAGAAAUUAAUGCUGUGGAAGCAAUUCACAGAGCUGUGGAAUUUAACCCUCAUGUUCCAAAGUAUUUGCUAGAAAUGAAAAGCCUGGUGCUGCCUCCAGAGCACAUUCUGAAGCGAGGGGACAGUGAGGCAGUAGCAUAUGCUUUUUUCCACCUCCAGCACUGGAAGAGGAUAGAAGGGGCUCUCAAUCUGCUGCACUGCACAUGGGAAGGCACAUUUAGGAUGAUCCCGUACCCAUUAGAGAAAGGACAUCUUUUCUAUCCCUACCCGAGCUGCACAGAGACAGCAGACAGAGAACUGUUGCCAACAUUUCACGAAGUCUCUGUUUACCCCCAGAAGGAACUUCCCUUUUUCAUCCAUUUCACAGCAGGCCUGUGUUCCUUUUCAGCCAUGCUGGCCCUCCUUACCCACCAGUUCCCUGAGCUGAUGGUCAUUUUUGCAAAAACUGUGCUGCGGGUGCUGUGGCCAAUGGGUGCUCCCAGCGUUCUGGCCUCCAGCUGAAGGGACUGCGCCAGGUGCUUUGGGACUCUUCUUUCACCCUUCCUCUUCACUAUGGAACACAUUGAGGACCUGCUGCUGUCCAGCCCCUGGCAUCAGCUGACAAGUGUGACUGGCGUGUAUUUUCCAUGAUAGUUUGAUUUUGUUCUUAUGAGCCUCACUUGGUGGUUGGCUGACCCCCAGCUGGGGGAGCCAAGGAAGAAAUCUGGGCUCUUCAAACUGAUAUCCUUGACUGGCUUCCAUGCUGAUGGUGCUUAACAUGUGAAUUUCUCCUUUGGCCUUAAUCUGUAAUCAUCUAAGAAAACAGUUCUUGUUGAGCAAUAGUUUAUUGCUCUCUAAAUCACUUGGACAACUGGAAGCUCAUACUUCCUCUGUAAGAAAGGAGAAUACACAAACUGAGCAGGUGUUUGGAGUACUGAUGCUUCCUUCUCAGCUGCAGAUGCACCAGAUAUUUGGCUUAGAUUUAAUUUCAUCAGCCUUUUUCAAAAUAUUUGUUAACAGCAAAGUAUGGUUCUGCUUUCUUUAUUAAAAGGUUGCUACUUAACACAUUGAA